UUGACGUCGCUGGGCGCUGAGCGCGGCGCCGUGCGGAGGCGCAGCGGUGUCGCAGUUGGACUCAGCCUCCUCUUCCCGUACACUCGCUCGUCAGCAUCGCUUGAGACGGAAGUGCAGACAUGGCGCAGGGGCUCAGAGGCAGAUUCGAGAAGUUCCUCCACGAGAAGAAUCUCAUGACGGACGCUCUGGCAAAGAUCGAGUUGAAAACGGGCGUGAGCAGGACGUACAUCGCGCUCGCUGUCGUCACUAUCAUCGCUGUUUACCUGGUCAUCGGCUACGGAGCCUCGCUGCUGUGUAACCUCAUCGGCUUCCUCUAUCCGGCCUACGUCUCGAUCAAGGCCAUUGAGAGCGCGACGAAGGACGAUGACACCAAGUGGCUGACGUACUGGGUGGUGUAUGGACUCUUCAGUGUGGCAGAGUUCUUCGCUGACAUCGUCCUCUCCUGGUUCCCGUUCUACUACAUUGGAAAGUGUGCCUUCUUGGUGUGGUGCAUGGCACCGACUCCCUCCAACGGGUCAGUCCAGAUCUACAACCGCAUCAUUCGGCCGUUUUUCCUCAAGAAUGAGGCCAAGAUCGACGACGUGGUGAAGAACCUCAAGGACAAGGCGUCAGAAGCUGCCGACAAGAUAAAGGAUGAAGCCAAGAAAGCCACAGCAAACAUCAUGUUUGAGGAGAAGAAGAGCUCCUAAGACGGAGGCUUCCUGUCGGCUGUUCCCUCUGGAGAAGAAGAAGUGACGUUGCCUUGCGAAUGUUAGUUUUGAAGAGAACCUGUUCAGUUCGUAACCUUAAUCCUCAGCCGACCUGUAUUAGACACGUGUCUCCCUCAUGUAUGAACUGAAGCCAUCCUCCAGGUGAGUCGCUCACUCUGACCCACCCUGCCUUGUGUCAAACAACUGUAUGCUGGCCCCGAUCCACUCUGUCAACCAAAUAAAGACAAACUUGCUGAA